CCCUCGUAACAAAUGACCAAAUAGCCGGAGCAAACAUUCACAACGCAAUUUGGGGAAUGCUCAGCAUAUAAACGGGCAUCUUUUCACUCAACUACACAUCUUUCUUUGAAGAUUUAAGUAAAAUGUUCAUUUCCCAGUUAAACGUGCCAAUAAAAUUCCUGCAGAAGUAAUUUAGGCAAACUGGGGACAAUUGCCCAACUUGGUCAUUUUUCAAAACAACUUUUGUGUUGGGGCAAAAAAAAAAAGUUCCUGCUCUCAGGUUUCAUGCAAGGGAGGGGGUGCGUUUACACAGCAAGAAGAAGAAGAAGAAGAGGAGGAGGAAGAGCCGGGAGCCCGCAGGAGCUCUAAACUACUUUUCUGGUGUUGCAGACCCCGGCACAAGGGGGUCACGACGGACUGGAUGGACUCGGACUGAAGGCAGCCUGACUCGCUAAUUAGGAAAAGCUGGUGGACCAAUUAAGCGCUUGGAGCGACGACGCGCGGUUGGGAGCGCACAAGUCUGUUUAGCUCCACGGUCAGCUUGGCACCAUGAGUUGGAGUUUCCUGACUCGUCUGCUGGAUGAGAUCUCCAACCACUCUACCUUUGUGGGGAAGAUCUGGCUGACGGUGCUCAUCAUCUUCCGUAUUGUGCUGACCGCAGUCGGCGGGGAGACCAUCUACUACGACGAGCAGAGCAAAUUCAUCUGCAACACACAACAGCCGGGUUGUGAGAAUGUGUGCUACGACGCCUUUGCACCGCUCUCACACGUCCGAUUCUGGAUAUUUCAGGUGAUCAUGAUCACGACUCCGACCAUCAUGUACCUGGGCUUCGCCAUGCACAAGAUUGCCCGUAUGGAUGACAGUGAUUACCGGCCGCUGCGCAGCCGCAAGAAGAGAAUGCCCAUCGUCAGCCGCGGGGCGGUGCGGGACUACGAGGAGGCCGAGGACAAUGGCGAGGAAGACCCAAUGGUCGCAGAGGAGAUUGAACCGGAGAAGCCAGACAAAGCAGAAAUUUCAGGGGAAAAAAAGCACGAUGGCCGGCGUCGCAUCUUGCGGGAUGGCCUAAUGAAAGUCUACAUAUGCCAGCUGCUGUGGCGCUCUGCAUUUGAAGUGGGCUUUCUUUGUGGCCAGUACAUCCUGUACGGCUUUGAGGUGAUCCCCUUCUACGUGUGCACCCGCUCACCCUGCCCCCACACCGUGGACUGCUUCGUGUCUCGGCCCACGGAGAAAACCAUCUUCCUGCUGGUGAUGUACGUGGUGUCUUUCCUCUGCCUGGUCCUCACCGUCUUCGAAAUCAUGCACUUGGGCAUCGGUGGCAUCCGCGACACCUUCCGCAGGCGGGCCACCCUCAGGUCAAGGAUCCCGUCGUCUUCCUCGCGGGCCUUGCCUACAGCACCGCCAGGAUACCAAGCCUCCAUGAAGAAGGGAGGCAAAGGGGAGCCGAGGAACUCGCCGACGGGCGACUCCGGCAGGAACAGUUUUGGUGACGAGGCCAACUCAUCCCGUGACAUGGAACGGUUGCGCAGGCACUUGAAGCUGGCCCAGCAGCACCUGGACCUGGCCUACCACACGGAGGAGGGGAGCCCCUCACGCAGCAGCAGCCCGGAGGUCAACACGACGGCGCAAACGGCGGCUGAGCAGAACCGCCUCAACUUUGCCCAAGAAAAGCAGGGGGAAGCCAGUGAAAAAGGAAUACAUGCCUGAACCUGCUUCCUGACCAAAAGUUGCGUGCUGUCAUUCCUACUGGCCUUUAUCACACCAGGUUGGGGCCCAUCUGGGAAAGCAGUCCGACCACAGAGGGGGAACCAAAUGUGCCUUUCAGUAUUACGUCUGUUGAAAAGAAUAACGCCGACCCAGCUGACUAAUGGUUCAUCUUUAAAGGCUGUUCCAUCGUCAGUUCAUGUUGAAAAAAACAUUGAGUGCGCCCCAGGCAGAGCACGGUCUUCCUCGCUCGGUCGGACUUUAUUUGGCCACAAAUCCCAGUCCAUUGAGUUGCCACCUCCUCUCCUCGGGCCGUGAUCCUUUUCUUCUCUUCACAAAAGGGGAGGUUUGUUGAGGCUCAUCGGCCUUGGUAGCUCUUAUUUUGCUUUGCUGCCUGUUUUGGUUGGGACUUGUUUUGAAUUUGCUCCAAAAGGCCACCGUGUUUACCUGGGAAAUGCUUGAAUUCUGAAUGGUCCAGAAAUUCCAAAAUUUUGUUCAUUCGAAAACACCGCAACUUGACCCAAGAAGUAGUUAUACUUCCUGCUGCAAGUGAGCGCUUUUCUUUGCAGAAUUGAUGCUGUAUAAAUAAUUUACCAUCGCUCCACAAACAGUUUUUGCUAAACAUCUCGCUCAACAGUACAUUCAAUACAUUCUUCUUUGCUGAGCUAAUUUUCCAUCCGUGAUUUGCAUGACCGUCAUGGCUUCAUCCACCAACAUGGAUGCUUGACCUCUCAACCAAACACGGGAGCGCCACGCAGAGGUCAACAUUUUAUAAAGCCUUCUCCGUCACUUUUUACUUUUACUGGAAACUGGAGCCUGCUUGUUCCUACAUUGUUAAUCAUCUCACGUCUAUUUGCCUUCCAGUUCUACGAUAUGACUCCAUUGUGCAAAGAUUACAGGCAGAUUUUGUUUUUGUUGGGGGGGGGGGUAGUGUUUAAAUGUAG